CAUCCAAAGAAAAAACCAAGUCCACAGUUUCACAGCCACACAAAACAACGUCGUUUCAAACUAUACAUAAACGACGACGCAUCUAUCCCUGCACGGGAGACUAACGAAACUUCGACUCGUCCUCUCCAUUAUAUCGUCUCUCUGUCCAGAAAACACAGAUCUCUCCCUCUCUCCCCGUGUAUCUGUGGAGACGAUGGAUUUUCAAAUACGCAGCGUUUUCAAUCUUCUUAUCCUAUCUUCUCUUUUCUGUUCACUAGCUUCGGCUAAAGAAAGAACUGGAUCAAUUCUUUUCAUCGAUGGAAAUUCUCACCAAUAUCUUCGCAACGACGUUGUUCAGUCUCGCUUAAUGACGCCUGUGGAAGUUGGUGCUGCUGUGUCUGUCUUGCUUGGUUUUGCACCGCCUGUCACGCUAUCAGCUGCUGGUUCAUCUAAGUUAAAUGAGGUUCUUAUGCCCAAUCCAUUUGAUAGACCUGGCGCCGUUUUCUUGUUGGAAGUCACUGGCGUAAAUGAUUUGGUGGCUUCAGAAAAUGUCAUGUCCAGUAAUGCUUUUAAAAGAAAAUUUGCUCUUGAUUCAGAUAAAGCUCAAAUUGAACUUCCUGGUGAAGAAGUCUCUGUGAUUUCUUUAGAUGAAAAAUUAGGAGAUUUCACUGACAAGGAAUUAAGUGAUUUGGUAUCUUGGUUGGGUGGAUCGUACAUUGUCAAUGGCUUGGAAUCACUAAAUGGAGAGUUGAUAAUCCCCUUGGCCAGUGGUGCCAAUUUGAAACUUCACAUGUCAAAGAAAGCAGACCGGGAAUUCAUAGAAAGUCUCCUUACUUUGUUCCACAAUAGUAAAAGAGCAAUAGAACUGCAUGAAGAUCUUUCACAGGCUAUUCAUGGACCUGCAGAGUUAAUAAUGGGUCAUUUUCAUGGCAUUAAGGCUUUGCAAGAGCAAUAUGGCCGUGAAGUUGUGCAGCAAGGGCUGGAGUUAUUGGUUGCUACAUUGUCUAAAAUGGUUGAUUCAUUCCAAGUGGCAUACAAAGGUCAAAUUGUUGGAGUUAUUAUCUCUAAUGAAAGAUCCACUUUGGAAUCAGAAAAAUUGUUGAAUGUGAUGUUUACUUCUUGGCCAUCUGCGCGUUGGUUGGCAGAGGCAGAAGGAUCAAAUGCAACCGACACAGCCAUUAUGGAAGUUGCCUUGGUUAGGAAGACCCUUGCUUGGUUGACAGGACUUAUUCUUCUUAUUUCUACUCUAAUAGGGAUAUACUUGCUGCUCAACAUGCCACUCACAAGGGACACCCUUCUGUACUCUAAUGUGAAGCUUGACUAAAGCUGAGUUGAUGAAUGUUUCUACUGCUAGAGGGGAUGCAGGAUGCAUUGGGUCUUUUGUGAAUGGUUGUUUGUAGAUUUUUUAUUUUAUUUUAUUAUUACCAAUGGGUAUUUAUAGCAAAGCCCGUUCCUUGAUUAUUGUGUGAUAUCGAGUAGGUUGCUUGGGCUAAUCAGGUGCGCGCUAUUUGAGCAUUGGUAGCUGCUUAACCAAAGAGUAUGGGAAAGUUUACUGGUUGAUGCACGGCCCUUUUGUUUUUGGUAAUCUACUUUGGGGCGUGGGGCAAUGAAAUGUGAAAGAAAAGACCUGUUAUGCAACAAUUUCAUAGAUGGCGAUUUAGUGGACUGUCAUAAUGUGCAUUUGUUAAAUAAAAUGCUUUUAUAUUGUUGUGUAUUUGUAGUUAAUUCAAAUUCUCAUUUUCAGCUGUCUAUGUGGUCUUGGAACAUUUGAAUAAAGAAAGCUACUGAGAUUGUUGAAUUUCUAA